AGUGCCCAGGGGACGGGACAGGGGCUGCUGGCCAGGUAUAGAUGCUGGCUGGUACCCCGCUUCCACAAAUGUGGGUGGCUUUGGUGAUUCAGUUUCCCUGUGCCUGCCCAGAGGGGGCCGGCCCUGGGCUGGGAGGGGGAGGAGGUGCUGGAAGUAGGGAGGGGCUAUGGAGGGGCCUUAAGGGGCCCAGUGGUCCAACUCGUCUGGAUGCUGAGGUCCCAUGGAAUAACUGUGGCCAGAGAUCGGGUGGUCCCGAGACUGGUUCUGGGGUGAAGGUCCCUGGGUGGGGGUCCUUUAAGAUGCAGUCUCCUGUGAGGCUGGGGGUUUUAUCGGACUCCCACAGAAAGGCAUCUCAUUGUCUCCGCCCUGCGUUGGUCUCUCUAAGGGGCUUGCCUUGGCGCUGGGUGUGGAGGGGCCUGAUCUCCCACUGGUAGGGGAGGAGAGACAGGCGGACUGGCCACUCCAGCUGGGGGGGGGGUCUCCCGGUGGAGGGACUGCUGGGCGGAUGGAGGAGGGGCUGUGAGCAGGCGGCGUGGGGGAGGAGCGAGACAUCCCUCCCGGCUCCGGGGGCGGGGUCUGGCCAGGGGCGGUGCUGGGGGCUCUUUUCAACUUUCCGGGUGGGGCGCCGGUGGCGGCGGUGGAGGCGGGGUCUAAGAGCGCUGGGCCUCGCCCGCCGGGCGGGCCGGGGCUGAAGACUGGCGGGAGCUGCUGCCGGAGCCGGAGCCGCAGCCGCAGCCGGAGCCGCAGCCCGAGCCGCCGGGAACCGGAGCCGCCGGGAGCCGGAGCUGGAGCGCAGGCCCUGCCGGAGCCUAGCCGAGUCGAGCUCGUAGCCUGGCACCGCGGGCCGGUGUGUCAGCUAGCCGCUGGCUGGGCCUGGGCGCACUGUCGGAGGGAGCGAGCCGCGACCACCGGGCACCACCGGGAGCCGAUGCCCGGAUAGACCCUGCCAGGCCUGGGCCUGGCCUGAACAAGCAGUAGGUCGCGGGGUCUGGAGCGAAGAGAAAAAAGGACGAGAAUUCCAUCUAAUCGUGGAGUGCGCUUAAAAGCGGGAAGAAGAGUGGAGACUUCACCUGGGACCGGGCAGAGGGGCCCGCAGCUUACUAGGCCAGGCUUGAGCACCGGGGAGCCUGGCAUGCCAGCCGCUCGGCCUGGGUUCUGCCCUGCCCGAGCGGGGAGCACAGCAUAGCUCCAGGACCUUGGCUGGCACAGGCCUGGCACAAGCAGCAGGGCCCUCACCUGUCUGAGACUGGGCCCAGGAUCUGAGGAACUGCAUUCGGGCCUGGCCCAGAGUGGGACUCUGGUGGCCCAGAGCUGGUCACUGGAGAGCCGUCCUCCUGCCCCAGACCCACUGGUACGGAUGUGUCGCUGCCCGCUGGAGCACCAUGACGGCAGGAUGACCUCAGCGGAGGCAGUGGCAGUGGCUAGUGGGGCUCGGGUGGCUGGGUCUCCCGAGUGGCCCCCCGACACCCCCCAGGCCCUUGGGCGGCCUGGCCGGGCCCGGGUGGCCGUGGCAGCACUGGUGUGGCUGCUGGCAGGAGCCAGCAUGUCGAGCCUCAACAAGUGGAUCUUCACUGUGCACGGCUUCGGGCGGCCCCUGCUGCUCUCGGCGCUGCACAUGCUGGCCGCGGCAUUGGCGUGCGGCUGGGGGGCACAGCGGCCCAUGCCCAGCCGGACCCGCCGCCAAGUGCUGCUGCUCAGCCUCACCUUCGGCACCUCGAUGGCCUGUGGCAACGUGGGCCUGAGCGCCGUGCCCCUGGACCUGGCACAGCUGGCCACCACUACCACACCCCUGAUCACGCUGGCCCUGUCAGCGCUGCUGCUCGGCCGGCGCCACCACCCGCUGCAGUUUGCCGCCAUGGGCCCGCUCUGCCUGGGGGCUGCCUGCAGCCUGGCUGGUGAGCUGCGGACACCGCCCGCGGGCUGUGGCUUCCUGCUGGCUGCUACCUGCCUCCGCGGCCUCAAGUCCAUCCAGCAGAGUGCCCUGUUGCAGGAGGAGAGGCUGGACGCUGUGACCCUGCUGUAUGCCACCUCGCUGCCCAGCUUCUGCCUGCUGGCGGGCGCGGCCCUGGUGCUGGAGGCCGGCGUGGCCCCGCCGCCCGCUCCCACCAGCUCCCACCUCUGGGCCUGCAUUCUGCUCAGCUGUCUCCUGUCCGUGCUCUACAACCUGGCCAGCUUCUCCCUGCUGGCUCUCACCUCCGCCCUCACCGUCCACGUCCUGGGCAACCUCACCGUCGUGGGCAACCUCGUCCUGUCCCGACUCCUGUUUGGCAGCCGCCUCAGUGCCCUCAGCUACGUGGGCAUUGCACUCACCCUUUCAGGAAUGUUCCUUUACCACAACUGCGAGUUUGUGGCCUCCUGGGCUGCCCGCCGGGGCUUCUGGCAGAGGGGCCGGACUGGCAAAGGCCUUUGAGACCUAGGGGAGCACCUGGGCUCCCUGGGACAGCCCCAGCCGGAGUCCAACCUUGGCCAGUGACCAUGGGAAAAGCAGAGAGCCGGCAGCCACUGGGGCCAUGGAAGAGAGAGGGGGGCCUUCUGGAAGGGCCGCCUUGGAGGCUGGA